GCGACACGGACUCGUCUCGUCCGCCGCUGCUGUUCGGUUCUGUUCGGAUCUUCUGGUUCGGUUCGGUUCUGUUCUGUUCUGUUCGGUUGUUCGGAUCUGUUCGGUUCUGUUCGGUUGUUCGGAUCUGUUCGGUUCUGUUCGGUUGUUCGGAUCUGUUCGGUUCGGUUCGGUUCUGUUCGGUUCUGUUCGGAUCCUCCUCGUCGACCCACCGACCGGCACCGGACAGACGUGUGACGGUUGAUAUCGGUCAGAAACUGAUCGAAUCGAUCGAUCAGCUGCUUCAGGAACAUUCAUCUAUGAUAAGAUGUCACGUGCUGAAGGUCACACUGCGGUGAUGUCAUCACUCCUCUUCCUCCUGCCCUUCCUCAUCCUCUCCCCCACCUCGUCGCUGGAGUUCCGUUACCACAACAACCGUGAGAUCGAGCAGUACCUCCAACAGAUCGGCACCGCCAACCCCGACAUCACGCACAUGUACAGCAUCGGCCGGUCCGUCAGAGGUCAGCAGCUGUGGGUGUUGGUUCUGGGCCUAAGUCCUCGGAGUCACACCCUCGGGAUCCCAGAGUUCAAAUAUGUGGCCAACAUGCAUGGAAACGAGGUUCUCGGCCGAGUGCUGCUGCUCCAGCUCAUCGACGACCUGGUGCGUGGUUACCGCGGCAAUGAAUCUUGGUCGCAGCAGCUGCUGAACAGCACCCGCAUCCACAUCCUCCCAACGAUGAACCCUGACGGCUUCGACGAGGCGGGUACACACUGCCAGUACAGCCAGGGCAGGUUCAACCAUAACGGCGUCGAUCUGAACAGGAACUUCCCCGACGUCUUCGCUGGUCUCCGGCGGCAACAGCAGCCUGAUGACGAGACGAGGGAGGCAGAGGUCCGGGCUGUGAUUGGCUGGUUGAAGACUGAGACUUUCGUUCUCUCUGCAAAUCUUCAUGGAGGAGCUCUGGUGGCCAGUUACCCCUACGACAACAGCAACGGGGGCAGCGAGCAGGUGGGCGGGGCCAGCAUCGCCCCUGACGACGACGUGUUCGUUAAACUGGCCAAGGUUUACUCCUACAACCACGGCUCCAUGCACCGGGGAGGCGGCUGCGAUGUCGGAGCAUCAUUCGUAGACGGCAUCACCAACGGAUACCUGUGGUAUCCUCUGGAAGGUGGGAUGCAGGACUACAACUAUGUGUGGGCUCAGUGUCUGGAGCUGACUCUGGAAGUUUCCUGCUGCAAGUUUCCUCCAGUCAAUGAACUUCCUGCUCUGUGGGCGGACAACAGGAAGUCGCUGCUCGCCUUCAUCCAGCAGGUCCACCUGGGGGUCAAAGGUCGUGUGUUUGACGGCUCCGGGGUGCCGGUGCAGAACGCACUUGUGGAGGUCAAAGGUCGCAAGAACACGUGUCCGUUCCGAACCGACCGACACGGAGAAUACUUCAGACUUCUGCUGCCCGGAACCUACAGCUUCACAGUGACGUACCCGGGUCACAAGGUUCUGACGGAGACUCUUACCGUGCCGUACGGCCCCGACCUGUACUCCGCCAUGACACACGACUUCCUGCUACAACGCAGCGAUGCUAAUUCCACCCAGGCUAACCCCACCAGGGUUCCCCCCACCGCCACGCCCACCUGUAACUACACGUUAAACCUGGAGGGAGGUGGCGCCAUCACCACGCCCACAUGGACGGGGCUGAGUGCGGGGCUCGUGUUUGUGGCGGCGCUCCGAUCCGUGACUGACUGAAGCCGCCCGGCGCCCGGCAGAAGGUCACAGGUCGAAGCGUCCGCCUCCAGAGAAACAAACAAUAAGAGCACGUUGGUCCACCAGAGGUUUUGACGCCAGGAUUUGGGGUUUUCCACUCACACACGCAGCUUUGUGAGCGAGGCUGGAUCAAAAAGCACAGGUCACGACAGAAGGUGGCGAAGGUCGAGUCCACCGUGUCCUCACAAGUCGGCGCUGGACGCUGAGGAACAACUGGAAAAGCACACGUGUGAAUUUAACAGAUAUCAUUGGCCAAAGGACGUCACGGUGGUACAGUGGUUAGCACCGUCCCCUCACAGCGAGAAGGUUCCGGGUUUCGACCGGUGUCUUUCUGUGUGGAGGUCCCAUGUUCUCCCCGUGUCCAAGUGGACUUCUCCAGCUUCUCCCCUCAGUCCAAACACGUGCACGUUAGUAUUAGCUUCAUUGGAGACUCUAUAACUUGUCUGUAGUGUGAAUGGUUGUUUGUUUGUCGCUGUGAUUUGAUGAUGACGUGUCCAGAACGUUUCCUGCCUCUCGACCAAUGUCGGCUCCCGAUGACGCUCAAAGUAUUAGAAGUAUAGACGAUGGACAACGGCUGAAUUCCAUUUCGCUGCUUCAGGUUCCUGCUGGUUCCUGUUCAUGAGGAAGCUGUUUCCACUCGAGGCCUUCGAGCUACAACAGCUUCCUCUGGUUCGGACUCGAAGAGGUUUUCACAGGUUUACUUCACCGAGCACGUGUGAUGCACAUAUUCUGCCUUUAAGCUCAUUUUUUCACCUUACGUACGAAAAGAGAAACGUCCGUUUAAAAUUACGUAACCGUCUUUUACUUUGGCAUGUUGAUAACAGUACGUCCUCUAGAGGGCAGCGAAAGAGGCAAAAGCAGCCACGUUGCAAACAGCUGUGGUCAAACUUUCUCACUCACUUUAACUAUUGGCUACCCUGAAGCUCUCGACUCUGCGCUGCCCCCUGGUGGAUGUAUUGCCUCACAACGUUGAGCAUUAAUUAGCCUUUACAUUGAUUUUCCUGACGUAGAGAAUUUACCCAGCAGAGGCGAAAAUAGAACAAAUUCAAUAUUGAAGGAAAAAAUUAACUAGAACUGAAACUCCGAGUGCAGCUCGGAGUCGUCUCACAGGAAUAAGAAGCGUUUGGUUUAUUGACUUGAAGAAGGUCACGGGAGGAAAAAGGAUUUUAUCUUAGGGACGACUCUUCCCUGUCGAGGCGCUAACAGCUUGUGACGGAGGUUUAUUAAGGGAGGUGGAGCUCGACUGUCAUUUCACAUGUGAGCAGCAGAACGUCAACACUCACAGGACGAUGGUGUGUCUUCAGAGAAGGUUUAAAACCAGAUGAGGACGUGAAGUCGUCAGAAACGAUGCUGGUGAGCGACACACGUCUGAACUCCUCUGAGGUGCGUUUGAUUUACACGUCAGCAGAGCAGCUGGUGCCUGAGUCAUCAGACGAGUUCACACAGGAGUUUUCUGCUUGUUUCAUCACAUUCACUCCUCCGGUGGUUUCACGUCUUCAGGCUUCUUCAGACUCUCGACACAGACGGAUGCUGGGACACGGAUUCAUUCAAACUUCACAACUUGUGUUUCUCUGCCGCUGAAGAGACGAUUCUCACUUCACUGUAAAGCACAAGUGAAUAUUAUAUUUCUCCUGUUUAUUCCUGCUUUAACACCUUUUUAUAUAUUUAUAAAAUCACACUAAAACUAAAUUAACUUAAAAUUUACAUUAAAAAUGUAUAUAACAAAAAAAGAAUAUAACAAUAAUAAAUAUUUAGCUGAUCUGAAUAAAUAUCACGAAAAAUAACCAGAAUUUAUUCGAAUUUUUAAAAAACAAGUAAGAUUAAAAGCAACUCAAAGGCUCCACCUGGUGGCAGAAGCUGUGCAGCACAUCCAACAUCAGGAAAAUACUCAGUUAUGAACAUGUUUGUUUUACUUUGUAGUUUAAACCAACGUUACUCGAGUAAAUGUUUAAAAAUAGAUGUUCUAAAUAUCAAGGUAUUAAUGCAUGAUUACAAGUGAACCUGUCAACUUGUAUAAACAUAAAAAAGUCCUUUACAAUCUGAACUAAAGUAAGUUUAUGGAACACAGAGGAGUAAACGAGAGAAGAGUCAGACGACAGAUUAUUAGUGAAUAAGAGUCAAACUAGUUAUUUGAAGUUUAAUUUUGAAGAACUCCGCAGAUCUUCUGAAGGAAAUCUGACCAAACGCUCGACGACUGAAUCCUUCGCUGCAGCUCAAACAGUAUCUGUACACAUACGCACAGUAUUUAUACACAGUCUGCACAGUAUUUAUACACAGAAUACGUAUUUCAGAGCAGGUUCGAUAAACAGCCGCUGUCAUUCCUGUUUGUGACACAGGUCAGAGGUCAGCGUACGUCCUCGGCUCAGAAACUCAGCGGCCUUCUGCACAUUUCUGCCAAAUAUCAGGUUUUUGUACUUUUCUACUGUUUGAUAUUAAAACGCUGUUUGAUAUUAAAACGCUGUUUGAUAUUAACCCGAUAAUAAAGAAUCCUCGGUGCCUGUUAAACGUGGAGCGACUGACGGUUUCAGUCACAGAGAAAAACAUCCAAACCUCAAUCGAGUUUUCUUGUGUCUGAUGUUUCGUCACAUCACAGUUUGGUGCAUGAAGGAAACGUGUUGAGAAAUAAAAAAUAAAAACUGACGAAUCGU